AUGGCAAGACAACCUUUUGUGGGAGGUAACUUUAAGUGUAAUGGUACUAAGGACUCUCUUAGAUUAUUAUUGAAAUCAUUUAAAGAUUCACAAAUAACAACUAAUACUCAAGUAUAUGUAUUUCCCACAUUUAUACAUAUACCUUUAGCCUAUGAAAUUUUAGAAGAUUCAGGAAUUAAUAUAGGAUCUCAGGAUAUAUCGUCUACAGGGAAUGGGGCAUAUACAGGUGAAGUAUCUUGUGAUAUACUUAAGGACUACAAUAUACAUUGUACAUUAAUAGGGCAUUCAGAAAGACGUCAAUAUUAUUCUGAGACAGAUUCAGUUGUUAAUGCAAAGGUAUUACAUGCUUUAAAGCAUAAUUUUACAGUGGUUUUAUGUAUUGGAGAAUCUCUUCAAGAACGUGAAUCAGGAAAAACUAAUGAUGUUAUUAAACAUCAAUUAGAAUUUGCCUUAAAGAAAGUUAGUGAUUUAUCUAAUAUUGUAAUUGCAUAUGAACCUAUUUGGGCAAUUGGAACAGGGGUUGUAGCAACCCCUGAACAAGCACAAGAGGCUCAUGAAUUUAUUCGUAAGUGUUUAUUAAAUAUGUAUAAUAAUAAUGUAUCUUCAAGCACUCGAAUAAUUUAUGGGGGAUCUGUAAAUCCUGAAAAUUGUAAUGAACUAAUAAAUUGUGCUGAUAUUGAUGGAUUUCUAGUUGGUGGGGCUUCUCUUAAGCCAUCAUUUGUUGAGAUAAUAAAUUGUACAUUUCACUAA